CAGUCUUGCAUUCCACGCCUGCAGAGGCUUGCAGCUGUCGUUUACACUGUUGCGUUACCAAAAUGGAGCCCCUAGUAACCUAUCCUUUAAAAUGCUCCAUCCCAAAAGCAAGGAUGUUUGUUGUGUUUCUUUCUAUGGUGUUGUGCACAGCAAUAUUAUGUAUACUUCAGCUAAAACUCUUCAAACCCCAACCAAAGGACUUUUAUUCUUUUGAGCUGAUGGAUUUGAGAGGAAAGAUGGUUUCACUGGGAAAAUUCAAAGGCAAAGCAUCCUUAGUUGUAAACGUGGCCAGUUACUGCCAGCACGCAGACAGAAAUUAUAGAGCACUGCAGGAAUUGUACCGAGAAUAUGGGCCUAAUCACUUCACAGUCCUAGCCUUUCCUUGUAACCAGUAUGGACAGUUAGAACCAGAUUCAGAGAGACAGAUUGAAGCCUUUGUUAAAGGGAAAUAUGCCGUCUCCUUCCCAGUUUUUAAGAAGAUUAAGAUUCUUGGACCCAAGGCUGAACCUGCAUUUAGAUUUCUGAUUGAUUCUACAAAGGUGCAACCUAAGUGGAAUUUUUUUAAGUACCUUGUUGGUCCUGAUGGGAAGGUCUUAAAAUACUGGAAGCCAGAAGAGCCAAUAGAAAACAUCCGAAAAGAAGUAGCUGCUAUAGUUGGACAGCUCAUCUUAAAAAAGAGAGAAGAACUUUGAAGAUUAAAGUAGUUUUGAUAUUUCAUAUUUUUCUGUUGGAUGUCUGCUACAGUGGGAACAACAGCAAUGCUCAUCUAAACUGGCUAAUACUUAAUACGGCCUUUUCUUUUGUACAGAUUGGGCCAGCGAACAAAUUCUUUACUUUUUUCACAUUGCAGUUCACCUUAAAGCAUGUCAAAAGGAACAUGUACUGUUUACUGUGAAAUUUCAUCUGAGGACCUCAACCUUUCCUACAAUCUAUAACCACUAUGGGAAGAAUAACACUCAUAGAAGUUGUUACUUUUUCUUCACAGACUUUGUCAUCCGACAUGCAAGUGUCCCUAUUUUUCAGGGACAGUACUAAGUAUGUCUUUUUUUUACUUUGCUAUAUACCACCAUUGCAUAGUUCUAUUAAAAAAUGAAAUGUAUUUCCAUAACUCUUCAAAUAAGAAACCAGUCAGUCCUUACGUGCUUUUUAUGGCCAGCAUAGUAAUUUCUACUUACUUAUUCUCAGUUUGGCAUAAACAUUAACACAUCAGUAAACAGUCUCUGCAAUAUUUUUAAGUGCCUGUCCCUGGAUUUCAUUUGCAACAUGGAAGUUAUGAUGAGUGUUAAGGUUACUGAAUUUGCUGAAAUGUCCUUUUCUGCACAGGGGUUUCUGUUUUAAAGAAAUUGAAUGUCCAAAUCAUGUCUACAAUACAACCAAAGGAAUUUAGUUAAGUGGUCCAUGCACAAAAUCAUUUUUGGUAAUAUCUUAUUUAAAUGUGAUAUUGCCUUUAAUGUAUACAGAAUAAAUGCAACCAUUAAAGGUGACUGAAAACUA